AAUGACAACAGCAAACAGAACAUCCGAAUAUGAAUUAUCUAUACAAGAUUCAAGCGAUGGAAAUGUGUAUGUUGAAGGAAUUUUAAAAGGAAAGAUGUUGAUAGAAGAUGAUUGGUUGAUUGUGAAAUAUGAAAUAUUUACAACUCAACAGAAUAAUCUAUUGUGUGAGAGAAUGGGCUACGAGUCCAUUCAUUCAGUAGCCUUACCCUUUUAUGUUGAAUACAAGAUGGGCAAAUUCAAUGUCAUAUUGGAUAAAAUUCCUAGAGUUUACGUACAUAAAUCAUGUAAAUUUAGAGAUUUAAAAGUUUCAAAAACAUUUGGAGUUUCUCCUCCAAUUUUUUUUCAGCUGAAAUCACUAAAACGACUCUGUUUGCAAUUGUGCUUUCACUUAAAAUCUAUUGCCGAUCCAUUCUCUUGUUUUGAAAAGCCAUUUCAAUACAAAGAAACGACAGCAAUUGCUUGUAAAGAUGACAUCUAUAUUAGAAGAAAACCUUCAUUCGAAAAUAUUAUUGACACUUGCUUUUAUAUUGAAGGAACACAGGAAUCUGUUAGAGUUAUUGAGCCACACUGUCAAAAACCAAGGAAAUCGGGUAAGCAUUGA